UCACACACACACACACACGCACCGCAGAAAGUUUCGAGGGUUGACGAGCAGUGGGAUACCUACGGGCAGGAAGUGACGGAACUGCAUACAUUUCAGAAGGAGGGGGGAAAAGGCGAGAAAAGGUAUCAACACAAAGCAGAGUGUGAAGCAACGUGGGACCGUUGUAGAGUUUUGUCGGAGGAGGAGUGAACUGCGCAUGAUCUCAACAACACCGGAGCGGCGAGCAACUUUUUUCAAUGGAAGGAGGCUACCAGCAGUGAGAAGCGGAGAUUUUACUCAGCGGCUCUGAUAUCCAUGACUGUGCUCACACUUCUGGAAAGUAUCGGCACACAACGGCACCAUAUGGAGCAGUGACCCACAAAACCUCCAGCCUCCCCUAGCUUUGGAAAUGCGGGGAAAAACUUAGCGCAAAAGGAGGUGGAGGAGGAGAGAAGUGUGGGAGACAGUUGGAGGAUAUGAACUCGGACCUUCAGGUUUCGCCACGAUUAUUCGCUCCGUCCGGUUCGGUUUUGCGUCUUUGGGGAUGUUUGCGGGUUGCACCUCUGCGCCUUCCGUUCGGACGCUGGCUCGCCUUUGCACCCUGGUGCUGAUGGUCGCCGUGGGACUCGGGUCGGAGCUUCGGGUUCGGGUCCGGCUCUCAGACGGGUUGGUGACCGAGGAGAUUUUGGAGGCGGACAGUGAGAGAGACUCGAUAUCGCUGGAAUUUAAGCAAGGAGACGGAACCCUCAUCACUUUUGUAGCAGACUUUAAACAGGAAGUGAAGAUCUUCCGAGCGCUGAUCCUGGGCGAGCUGGAGAGAGGGCAGAACCAGUACCAGGCGCUGUGCUUCGUCUCUCGCCUCGGCCGCAAUGAAAUCAUCCCCAGUGAGUCCAUGGCGCGACUCAGACAGAAAAAUCCUCAUGUCAUUCGCCUGGCAGAGGAGCGAAAAGGGCUUGAGCAGCUGACGAUGAGCGCCGCUGUGAACCUCAGCCGGGCCUGGCAGCUCAGCUCCCACAUCCACAACAUGUGCAGCGAAGCUCAUGAGGCCAUUUACACCAGGGAGGCAGAUGUGAAAUACUGGCUGCAGAAAGGAGUGGACGGCUCAAUAUUUGAGGUCCUGCCUCAGACGACGGAGGCGCCCAGCUUUCAGGCCUGUCAUUCUACUAAAGACUUGUGGCAGCCGUGUCUCUGCACGUACGGCCUCCGUCUGGAGUGGUACCCGUGUCUGUUGAAGUACUGCCGCAGCCGGGACGGCACGGCCAAAGGGACCACAUACAAGUGCGGCAUCAGGAGCUGCAGCAAGGGCUACCAUUUCACCUACUACGUCCCCCAGAAACAGCUCUGCCUGUGGGACGAGGAGACCUAGUGUUCUUUUUUUUUUUUUUUUUUUUCUCUCUGGGAAGUUAUAAAUGGAGGAAA